AUGUCUCAGGCUGAAUUUGACCAAGUUACAGAAGAAGUCAAAAACCUGAAGUCCAAACCAGAUGACCAGGAAAUGUUCUUUAUCUAUAGCCAUUACAAACAAGCCACAGUCAUAAAUACAGUCAUAAAUCAUCCAGGUAUGGUGUACUUCAAAGGCAAGGCUAAGUGGGAUGCCUGGAACUCUUUGAAAGGGAAAUCCAGAGAAGAUUCCAUGAAAGCUUAUUUUGCAAAAGGGGAAGAACUAAAAGGAAAAUAUGGAAUAUAA